GGAGUUGGGUGCGUACAGGAGUGGAAAGAGUUCAAAACAAGGAAGCAGUAGCGGCUGCUGCAGCAGCAUGUAAAGCUGAUGGGCUUUUGGUGUCCCCAGUUCAGAGGGAGAGUUCUCCUCUGUUCGUGCAGGGAUCCUGGGUUUUGCACAUAUGGACGACAGCAAAGUCGGUGGAGGCAAAGUGAAGAAGCCGGGGAAGCGAGGCCGUAAACCAGCCAAAAUAGAUUUGAAAGCUAAACUUGAGAGGAGUCGGCAGAGCGCGCGAGAAUGCAGAGCGCGGAAGAAGCUGCGGUACCAGUACCUGGAAGAGCUGGUGUCAAGUAGAGAGAGGGCGAUCUGCGCACUGCGAGAAGAGUUAGACAUGUACAAGCAGUGGUGCAUGGCCAUGGACCAAGGAAAAAUCCCCUCUGAAAUCAAAGCCCUCCUCAGCGGGGAAGAGCAAAGCAAACCCCAGCAGAACUCCACCAAGCUGUCCAAAGCUGUCAAGGCAGAGGCCAACAGCCACAAUCCGUGGUGAAGGUUGCACUGCUGUGAGAGGAGACCACAUCUGUAUUUUAAGAAGUGGUGACAUGCAAGUCUUUGUGGACCUUCUUCUCUGCUGUAGUGAUGCCCGUCAAUGACCAUGUUGCACAGAAUGUGGUGAUUAUAGUGGACUGGCCAAAAGAAACUGACCAGAAGGCCACCCAAGGAAAUCUACAACUUACUUUAACCCACUUCUCUUCUGCAUUGCAGACUACGAGCAAGUAGUUCUGACUUUGGGGGAGGGAGGAAGAAACAUCCUGACCGAGGUUGCUGUUCCUGUUUUAGAGUUUUUAGCCUGUGUUGUACUUAGGUCAUAGUUAUUUAAGAAGAAUUUGUGCACUAAAAUCGGAGAUCUUGAUCACUGGAGAAGGAAGGGGUUCGUUCUGCAUGGGAUUAUUUAUUUGUGGUGCAUGAUAAUGAAGCUAGGAUGUGAGUACGUGAUGGGAAUGCCCUUUGUUUUCCCUGUUGUCAUUUCUGAGCUCUUGUGGCUUGAGUGUGAACUGGGGACCAGAAUGUGCCGAUCUUGCCAGUUAGCCCACUAUGAAGCUUUAGGCAAGCCUCCUCUUCUCAAUUCUGGCUACCUCCAGUAGCGGCUUAAUACUGACCUGCCUUACAGGGUUGUGAGGUCCAUGAUCUUACUGACUUCAUGGAAGUGAAGGGGUUUAGAGCCUUUUCUGAAGCAUCAAUAGUCUUGCUAGCCCACCAACUUCUUUCUUAGCUUGCCUUCCACACAUGCUUUCAUCAGCUGACUGCUGGGGGGGGAGCACCCAAAUCCUAGCUUCCUCUGCCUCUGACUCCUUUCUUGCAGCGAGCAAGAAGCUUUUAACCCUGAGCCUGGCUGCUCGGCAGCUGAAUCUCGUGUUCUUUCUGAUUGUGCAACUGUCUAUAUCUUGCCAGGUAGAUAAUGAAAUGAAGUAGCCUUGAGUUCAGGAGUUCAAAAUGCAUUGCUUCAAAGUAACACUGGUUAAUCCCAAGGCAAUUUGCUUUUGAUGAAGAGGCUUAGGACCCCCAUCUAGAGGUUUUCUGUAUAUGUAUGCUGAACACUUUAGUUUACUUUUAUGCCCAGGGGAGUAUUCAGAAGCUCUGAGCACAGUCCCAAAUUUCUCCUUACAAGGCUGAUGGGGAGCAAUGUGAGUGUUGCCGUGCAGGAUGAGUGGGCGGAAGCUCUGUUUGGGUUGACAGAGACAGUUUUAGGACCAAUGUGACUUGGGCUUAAGACAUGGCUGUGUGUUCUGUGCACUAUGAAAAAUUCAACAGGCGGAUGCUCCAAGGUACCUGUUUUCUGCGACGUGUAUUUAUGCAAACAGUUUGCAUAGUUUAUUUUGUGGUGUUUUACUGUUUUGCAUGAUCCUUGUCCCCCCCCCCCCGCCCCCCAGCAUGGUGAUUGAGAGGCAAGGCACAUAAGCAUGACCCUGAAGACCCUGCUCCUCUCCCUGGAGAUGUUAACAGACUUCGUGUGUUUUUGUAACUGGCAAUUCACAGUGGAAGGUUAAAAGUAACCCCAAUGAAAGCUGAGGUCCUCAGCGAGCUGGACUCUGCCCCCUCCCCUCGUAACUGCCUUCCUUUCCCUCUUAGAACUGCAACCCUGAUUUAAAGGCGACGGUGAGGGGGGCAUGACACAGCAGUACUGAAGGCAGUUCCUUCAGUGGUGGAAAAGCGUCAGUACCACCCAGGAGGCCAAUUCCAUCCUCGAGCCCAAGUGCUUGAGAAAUGCCCCUCCCCCCGGCACAGGGGAAAUCCUUCCUUCCUUUCAUGGAAUGGCGUUACUGCCCACGUGUUGGUAGACAGAGCAAGGAUUAGUGCUGCUCACAGUUCUCCUGGCAGUGGCUUGAUUCCACGCCCCUCCCCACCCCAGGUACGCGUUUUUCCUUCUCACGAGGCCAUAGGUACAUGUAUGGCAGGUCAGCUGCUGAUUGAUCUGGGCACUCAGUUCCUUAGCAAAUAUCUAAAUUCAUCCCCUUGUGAGAAGGCCCAUUUAACAAGCCAUGCGAAGCAAAUUGCUGUGUGUUUUUUUUCUUUUAACAGACCUCCUUUUGCUUUAGGGUUUUAUUAUGCCUGUGAAAUUGUGUCGCUCUGUAGCCUACUUGUUAAUGCACUCCUGGAGUCCAACGCUAACACAAUCUUUCUUUCUUUCUUUCUUGCUGCAUGCAAUCAAGGAAUGCCUUCAUGAGAGGUGUUUGUCACCUCCCUACCUGGCUGCCUGGCUGCUGCGGGAGGGGAGUGGGGAGGCUGCUGACCCAGACCUCUCAUGUUGAAUGCCUGGGAGGUAUUGGGAAGAGGGGGCGGGGAGGGAGCAGAGUGUGUGCAGGGAGACAAAUAGCCAGGUAGAGCUGGCUGCCUCCCUGCAGGGGUUUCGGAGCUUCUUACACUUCCUGUAUUGCUUGCAUGUCAUGGUGUGGAGAAACUUCUUAAAUUGCAAGACCCAAACCUGUCCUUAAUUACUUUUUAUUAAAGCAGAUGAGACUUCAAA